AUGGUCCCGGCGGCUUGUGAUACGGUAGGUUUGGUGGGCAAGUGUGCUCCAAUAGAAACGCAUUUUAGGCCUACAAUAUCUCGUUCCAUGCCGUCUACCGCAUUUCACAGUUUUAUCAAGUUUUCGUCUUGAUUCUCGCCGUUUUUCCGCUGAUUUAUUUCAUCGGCUCGAAACUUUUUCGCUCCAAUUUUCACGGAAACCUCAAAUGGACCCUCAUCGGAUAUUUUUGUUCUGUACUCGUUUUCACACUCGCCUACAUCAUUUUCGCGGUAUUUUCCUUGACAAAACCGGCCGAAAAAUCGAUUUUUCCAGACAAUUCAACUCGUCGUUCCGAUGGUGUCGACCGAAAAGUGUGAUUUGAUAAUAUCGAGAGGACAGUAUCGAAUCGGCAAUAUUGUCGGAUCACUUUUGAUGACGCUACCCACUUUUUUUCCGAUUUCCAUCACGAUUGAACGAUUUCUGGCGACUAGACACGCGAAAAACUACGAGAAAACGCCGGUCAUUUUGGGACCGGUGCUCACCGUUUUUGUGGUAAGUUAUCUCGGCGCUCGGUGGACCGAUUCGGACCAAACUUGGCAGGUACACAGUCUAGGGUGUCUGGUUGGUGCCCCAAAAUUUUGGUACGGAUUGGUUGAGCUUAAAGGGCGGAAAAUGGCUUUUGAGUUUUGGCUCAAAAUUUGACGGCGCCACCGAGAAUGUCUUGGGCGCGAGUGCGGCUGCGUCAGAGCGCGCGCGUGGUGUAGUGGUAAGUCUGUUGGUCGCCAAAAGCGUUUUGCUUUGGUUCGAUCCCCCGUGGCUCCAAAUUUCUUUUGCCUAAUUUAAAACUUGAAAUUUUCGAAUUUCAGAUCCUCCUCGACACCUUCCUCAUCUUCCUAAUCUACAAAGACGAAGAAUUUCCAGAAGGCUCAAUCUCUUUCCUUUUUUUCCCGGCCACAACUGCUCCAAAAGUGAGAAAACGUCCCGUUUCCUCUCAAAAACCAAUAAAUUUUCGACAGAUGUACACGUUUUUCUGGAUGAUGUUCUUCCUGAACGUCGUCAAUUUCAUCUGCAACUUUGCACUACUUCGCCAGAAUUUUCGCCUCAAAAAGUGCACUUUUUUUGAGUUAAACAACUUGUUUCAACGAUUUUCAGAUCAAAUACCACUUUGGCAGCGAAAUAUCAGCUGGAAGAGGUGUACUUAUCAACGACAUUCGCAAUUUCUGUCAUUUUUGUGCAUGUCGCCUUUUUUGGAACUUAUGUGACGCUUAUUAUGGUGUCCAGAUAUUAUGGAAAUCUCAUUAUUAGUAAUCCGAUUGAUUUGUCAGCUGUUAGAGGAGCUAUGAUGACUGUGAGUUCGGUUUAUUUGAAGGUUUCGGGCGAUUUGAGAGUACCGUUUAUUUGAGCCGUUAUAUCUCAGUUGUGAGUUGAGAUAUCAGAAAAAUGUCAACAGAUAAAUUGUUUAUCAAGAUAUUUUACACAUUUUCUCAGUUGACCACUUUUUGAUAUCUCCACCCGCAGCUGAGAUACAGCGGUUUGAAAACGCAUUGCAAAGACCGAUAUUAUCCAUCCACUUUAUAGCUUCUACGUGAUAUAUCUCAGCUACCGGUAGAGAUAUCAAAAAGCAGUCAACUAAUGAAUUAUUCAGCAAACAAUUCUACACAUUUUCUCAGUUGACCGCUUUUUGAUAUCUCUACCCGCAGCUGAGAUACACGCGUUUAAAAAUGCACCUCCCAAACCGAUAUUGUCCAUUCCUUUCCAGAUGAUUGCCACGUACAAUUUUAUUAUUGGGACCGUCGCCGUGUACCUGUACAAAAGGAUUCGAACGAAGAAAAGUGUGCAAAUAGCCGGAACGAUCCAGAUGAAAUCGACGGGAAAUGCGGGCGCCCGCAACUACGAUCUCGCCAUUUUCAGCAUUUGGAACAGCGUGAUAUCUACCGGGACCAGAAGUUGAUAAUUUAUUUAGCCCUUUUCGUUGCCUGAGUGAUUGGCGUCUUGCCUUGAUUAAAAAUGUGUUCUAGAACAGCUCAAAAAGUUCGCGUGUUUUGUUGAUUGCAAAAGUCUGCGAUAUUGCAGAGUUCUGCAAAGAUUGUUGCUAUUAUGAAAGUCAUAAAAGUUGUGUCGACCACAAGUUUCUCACUCCUACCUUUAACUAUUAUCCUUCCACCUUCAAAUGUCCUCCUCAACACAUUGUCUUACGGUAAUCAAUAUCAAAGUGCUCAGCCAUGAGAAAACAGGGAAAUUGCGGUUUUUCGUGUGGUCCCGACCAGAUCACACGGUUCUUACCGGAUCAUAUCUGUUUUAAUAUAGGAGUAUUGAUUUUUAACCGGUUUCUUAUACGGUUCCCACCGGAUCAUAGUUGUUUUCACUUAGGAUUAUUGAUUUUUAACCGGUUGUUUACACGGUCCCCACCGGAUCAUAGCUGUUUUCACUUAGGAUUAUUGAUUUUUAACCGGUUGUUUACACGGUCCCCACCGGAUCACAGUUGUUUUCACUUAGGAUUAUUGAUUUUUAACCGGUUGUUUACACGGUCCCCACCGGAUCACAGUUGUUUUCACUUAGGAUUAUUGAUUUUUAACCGGUUGUUUACACGGUCCCCACCGGAUCACAGUUGUUUUCACUUAGGAUUAUUGAUUUUUAACCGGUUGUUUACACGGUCCCCACCGGAUCAUAAGCGUUUUCACUUAGGAUUAUUGAUUUUUAACCGGUUGUUUACACGGUCCCUGCCGGAUCACAUGGUCCCCACAUGUUUUUAUCGAUUUUUGCCAAUGUUUCGAGAAAAACCAGCAGUUUCCCGGUUUUCCAACCGCUUGAGCUGGAAUCCUACAGUAACCCCCAUUCAGGCGUAUCAACUGACUUUCCAUCCAAUCUACCGUACCUCUCAAUACUAUCAACUCACAAUUUUGAGCGCUUCAAUCUGUCCAUUGCUCUAUUUUAUCGCCUCAAAACUUUGGAAAUCGAGUUUUCAUGGCAAUUUGAAGGUUUUUUGAUCAUUUCGUUGGUUUUAAAGUUUCUGAAACAUUUUCAGUGGCUUCUAAUCGGCUAUUUCACUUCUAUCCUCAUUUUUUCGUUGGUGUUUGCAGUUGAAACGGUAAUUUUUUUUUUUUUUUUGAGAAAAACGCCUCUUCACACUUUUCCAGGCCUUGCAAAUCCUAAUUCCACUAUUGUCCACUUCACCGUGUGAUUUGAUAAUAUCCGAAGCGUACUAUACACUCGGAAAUGCACUUUUUUCGCUCACAAUGACAAUGUCCACGUUUUUUCCGAUUUCGAUCACUUGCGAACGAUUUGUGGCGGCGAAAAAUGCGACGAGUUACGAGCGGACUACAGUAAUCCUCGGUCCGGCACUUACCGUUCUGGUGGUACUUGGUGGAAGUCUACAAUACUCGGAGCUAAAGUUUUCUCGUUCAGAUAUUGUUGGAUUCUUCGAUUAUAUUCCAAAUUUAUACUGGUGGCAAUGUGACGUUCUCUCAAGGCUCCAUUUCGUUCAUUUUCUUCACUGACGUCAUUGCUUCGAGGGUAGGGGACACUUUGCAACCGGCGACUUUUUGCAACCAAGAAACUCGGUUGCAAAGUGUCCGGUUUGGUUGCAAAACGUCCAAUUUCAGAUGUACACCUUUUUCUGGACAAUGUUAUGCGUGAACCUCGUGAAUCUGCUGCUCACUUCGCUGCUGGUCCGCCAAAAUUCGCGACUCAAAAGGUGGUGAUUUUGCGCAUGGCCUAGAAAAAACCUAGGCCACACACAAACACUUUCAGAGAAGGCCACGUGAGUCUGGGCACGAAAUAUCAGCUGGAAGAGGUGUACUUGUCGACGAAAUUCGCCGCAUCCGUCAUUUUUCUCCACACUCUCUUCUUUGGCGGAUACAUUUGCAUCGCAAUGCUCGCCAGAUACUUUGGCGACCAAGUGAUCACGGAUCCGGUCGAUUUGACAGCGAUCCGCGCCGGUUUGAUGACGGUAGGACGCGAUUCGCGUAGAUUUGUGCAUCGACAAUAGCGAAAUUGUAGGCGUCGAACUUUGAACAACUUUGAACGAGUAUUGUAGGAUUCCAACAAGUGGUAUGGUUCUGAAAAAUUUUUUGUGAAUUCUUGACAGUUCGUACUCUGUUUUUGUAGUUGAUUACUUUUUUCUGUGACCAAUCCCUGGGGUACGGUGGCGCUUGGAAGUUGGUGGUGAAAUGAGCAGACACUGAGGUAGCCUCAACUUCCAAGAGCUACAGUAGGAUUAGGAGUAGAGAUAUCAUAAAGGUGUCAACAGCAAAAAUAUUGUCCAUUUCUAGUACUAUACUUUUGCAGUUGUCCACUUUUUUCUACAACUAACUCUAAACUCUACAAUACUCGUUCAAAGUUUACCAUUUUCUACGAAUGUGUCACUUUUCUGUGGCCGCUAUUGUAUGACGUCUCGUUUUGCUUUAUAUCUCAACUGCCAGUAAAGAUAUAAAAAAAUUGUCAACUGAUGAAUUAUUCAGCAAUAAAUUCUACACAUUUUCUCAGUUGACCACUUUUUGAUAUCUCUACCCGCAGCUGAGAUACACGCGUUUAAAAAUGCACCUCUCCAACAGAUAUUAUCCAUCCCUUUCCAGAUGAUUGCCACGUACAACUUCAUAAUCGGGACCGUCGCCGUGUACCUGUACAAAAGGAUUCGAACGAAGAAAAGUGUGCAAAUAGCCGGAACGAUCCAGAUGAAAUCGACGGGAAACGCGGGCGCCCGCAACUACGAUCUCGCCAUUUUCAGCAUUUGGAACAACUCGAGCGUCAACUCGACUCUCUGA